CACAUUUUAUUUUAUUUUAUUUCACUCAAUAAUACGAGUAUCACUAUAGACAUAUUUCAUUUUAUUUAUAUAGUAUUUUUUGAGAUCGCCGGAAGCUAAAAAAAAGAAAAAAAAAAACUUUUUCAAGCAACGGCGAAUCUUAUUUAAGUUUACUACAGUGUUAUUAGAAAAAUUAUUAUUACUAGGGUUAGGGUUUUUUGAGAUUAGGGUUUAAUAUAAUAUUAUAUGGCAUCUGAAGAUGUGGUAGGGAAAACGAGCGCUACGAUCGCAAAUCUGGCAGAAGAAGCUAAGAUUGCCAGUGAAGGUGUUAAGGCCCCCAGCCGCCAGACUUUACUCUCCAUCUCUAAGUCUCUUCUUGCCGGCGGCGUCGCCGGUGGAGUAUCAAGAACUGCCGUUGCUCCGCUCGAACGUCUGAAAAUUCUGCUCCAGGUUCAAAAUCCUCAUGCAAUAAAAUAUAAUGGUACGAUCCAGGGGUUGAAAUAUAUAUGGAGAACCGAGGGUUUUCGUGGCCUAUUUAAAGGAAAUGGAACUAAUUGUGCUCGAAUUGUUCCAAACUCUGCUGUCAAGUUCUUCAGUUACGAGGAGGCAUCGAAGGGAAUUUUGUGGCUCUAUCGGCAGCAACCUGGAAAUGAGGAUGCUGAACUCACCCCUCUCUUACGUCUUGGAGCUGGUGCAUGUGCUGGAAUAAUCGCCAUGUCAGCUACCUACCCGAUGGAUUUGGUUCGGGGCCGGCUAACUGUGCAGACGGAUAAAUCUCCUAGCCAAUACCGGGGAAUUGCACAUGCUCUUAGAACUGUGCUUCGUGAAGAAGGUGCCCGUGCAUUAUAUAAAGGGUGGCUUCCUUCCGUCAUUGGAGUUGUACCGUACGUGGGUCUUAAUUUUGCGGUCUACGAAUCAUUAAAAGAUUGGUUGGUAAAAUCUAGACCAUUUGGGCUGGUUGAGGACACUGAGUUGGGUGUCACCACAAAGCUCGCAUGUGGGGCUGCAGCUGGGACCGUUGGCCAGACUGUUGCUUAUCCUCUCGAUGUCAUCCGCCGAAGAAUGCAAAUGGUUGGCUGGAAAGAUGCAGCUUCGGUCGUUACUGCAGACGGCAAGUCAGGACUUCAGUACACCGGAAUGGUUGAUGCAUUCAGAAAAACUGUUCGCCAUGAGGGUUUUGGUGCCCUAUACAAGGGUUUGGUCCCGAACUCAGUGAAGGUGGUUCCAUCAAUAGCCAUUGCAUUUGUGUCAUAUGAGUUGGUUAAAGAUCUGCUUGGGGUAGAGAUGAGGAUAUCUGAUUGAAAAACAUUAAAUUUAAUAAUAAUGUUAUGAGAAUAUUCAUGUUAUUUUUGCUCGCAGAAGAGAAAGUAGGAGGUGAAAACUAUGGAGGUCAUUAAAUUUUUGUUCUCUUCUAUCUUUCAGUUGUCUCUCACUGAUUAUUUGAAGAGAUUUAGAAGUUGUUACUUGUUAGUGUUGAUAGAUUCGACCCCUGUAUGUACCAAUACUUUCUCAUUCUGUUGUGGUUUUUCGGUGUUGUCGUUUACGCCACACCAACACCACCCAAUAAGGAUAUUUCAUAGAGCUGAUAAGUUGUUUGAUCAGUAUUUUAUGAUUUGAUAAUCGCUUAUAAACAUUGUUUUUUGUUUA